AUGCUGCUCUAUAUGACUGAAUAUUAUUCUAAAGAAAAAUCCAUCCAUACUUCCUUCAAAUCCCUCUCCAUAAACACCGAACCCACGGUUAAGAAAAAAUCACACAGGAAAAGAUCCUCCCCUGUCGCAGAAUCAUGGGAAGACGAGCCUCUCUCCUCGUCAUCUUCGGAUGAAAAUGAAGACGGCAUUACCCCUCCCGCCUCCGCAUCUCUGAGAUCCCCAAUCACCACAAAUACCACCUCAUCAACAAGCAACAGCACUCCUUCCUCUCGAGUAGAAACCGCCACCCACGUCCCCCUUCUGGUUUCUGAUCUUCCAUCGCCUGCUUGUACCACACCUUCUCGUCAUACCGGUUCCCCUCCCCGCCCACGUAUUCCCAGCAUGGAAAGGAGACCAGAAAAGCAGACCGCCGUCGCGAGCCGUAUGAUCGCCGGCGCUCUGGGGAUACGCGCUCCGAAACGCACGGAGGAGCAGAGGGCGUACGAUCGGGCCAUGAGGGAGAAAGAGGCGAAACAGCGGGAGAGGCAAAGGGAGCUCGAGGAUUCAAGCCGGAAAGAGGCAGAGAAGGCGAGGGCGGCAAUUUGGGAGGAGUAA